AUGACACGCCGCCGUGGGGAGCCCGUUAGCGUGUUGCUCUGUCGUCUUUGUCCGAAAGCCUUGUGCUUCUUCAACACUGCCACGCUGCUGAAUUCCCCACGGCGGCGCGCCACUGUUACUGCUCUUGCUCCCUCGGCGCUACCCCUUUCUGCCGCGCUUCCACUUCCCGCUCUCGGCAUGCCUGCACGCGCGGCGGAGCUUGUGCUGCUCGCCCUGGCGGGCCUCGCGAGGGCCAGCGCCCACGGCGCCGUCACGAGGCCGAGCCCGAGGCGCCUGGCCUCGAGUCCGUACUGCCCCUGGUGCAUCGGGGAGCACCAGGCGCUCGCCAACCCGUGGGGAAUCGUGAAUCGGAGCGUCGAGCCGUCGUCCCCCUGUAUGGGCACGUCCCGCGCGGACCGCGCGUACACACCCGCAGAGUUCUCCCACUACGCCAGCCUCGCGGGGGCGGCCUCGGACACCUACGUGGCCGGGGAUCCCUUCGAGGCCACCAUCGUACUCGAUGCGGACCACAACGGCGACGCAAGAUGGAGCUUUUGCCCACACACGGAGUCAGAGACCGAGGAGUGCUUUGGCAGGGCGGAGCACCUGCUCACGGAGUGGACCGAUGUCCACGCGUAUUGGGGCGAGGCCAGCACCCGUGACCACGGCUUCGACGGUCGGCAUUUUCCCCAGAUGUUGCGCCUGCCUGCGAGCAUGCCGCAUGGAAGGGUGACGCUGCGGUGGCAGUGGGUGUGCAAAUGGACGGACGAGAUCUUCAUUUCAUGCAUCGACGUUGCCGUCACCGCUGCCUCGUCCCGGACCCCGCCCGUGCCGAUGUCCGCGCCCACGUUUGCUCCCAUGUCUUCGCCCACGGCGGCGCCCACGGUUGCGCCCACAGCGGCACCCACAACGGUGCCCACGUUCGCGCCCACGGCGGCGCCGUUCCCAGCACCGACGCUGGCGCCAGCCGCUGCACCGGUUCAGCCGCCCGUGGCCGCGCCUUCGCUGGCGCCAACCGCUGCGCCGACAUCAGCGCCGACCUCGCCGCUCAUGCAGCCUCCCUUCUCCGCGCCGUCGCCCGCGCCAACGCGGGCGCCCUCCUCGGCGCCUGCGCCGGCCCCGGCGCAUUCGUGCGUGGGCGAGUGGCAGAAGUGUGGUGGGCAGGGCUGGACUGGCCCCGACUGCUGCACGGCCGGCUUGAUCUGCACCUUCGAGAACGCGUGGGACUCGAAGUGCCUGAGGGACGGUCACGGAGAGCAGUGCUCGGAGACCUGGGAGCAGUGCGGCGGGGAGGGCUGGAGCGGGCCCACUUGCUGCGCGCCUGGGCUCCAGUGCGACUCGACCAGCGAUCACUACUCGCAGUGCCGCCCGGCGGGCACUGCGGUACUAGUGCGGAUCCAGGACCACCGUAGCAGUUUCCUCGCGAGGGGCUCGGUGCUGUUCCAGACGGCGGCCAUUGUGCUCGAGGGAGGCGGGCGCUGUGCCAGGGCCCGUCCAGGCGGCCUCAUCUGA